UGUCCCGGGCGAUCGGACGUACAGCGUUUCACAGAAAAUACAAACAUAAUUUGAACUCGUAACGAUUCGUUGAAAGGAUGAAAGUGACAAGUGUUUUGUUUAAAAAUAUAACGGAAAUGAAGUGCCGCACAUGCAGUUGAAAAGCGUUUACCUGAUUUAUGACUUAAACAAUAUUAAGUUUAUUCUUAGUAUGUUUACAAUAAUCCUUACACGCGGUCGCGAUAAACUACAAACGAUAAAUGCGAUGGCCGUUUAAAAAUAGAUAAUAAAUGACAUGUCAACUUUUUAUCUGACAUUUGUCUAUAUAAAUGCAGGGAUUAGUGACAUUCGUUGGAAUAAGUUGUGACACGGCUCGGAACUAAUUAAGGAAUAUUAAAUAGUGACGAUGAAAAGGAAAAGGGUGUGAAAAUAAAUUAUAGUGUUGUUAAUUAGUUGUUUUUAAUGAUGGCUGAUUUAAAGAAAAUUAAGUGGCAUUCGUAUUUUUUGAAUGCGAUGAUGCUGUGCGUCACUAUGAUUUAUGAAGCGGGUGGCCUCCGUACCACGGAACUGAAUAUAACACCGCGAGUCGUUCAGCGAGGUAGAAAUGUAACGCUGGCCUGCAUAUACCAGCUUCACGAGAGUGAGAUCUAUUCAGUAAAGUGGUACAAGGGCUCGCAAGAGUUCUAUAGAUAUUCUCCCUUAGAGUCUCCCACCACUAAAGUGAUGCCUGUAAAUGGAAUCAAAAUUGAUAGGUUAAAUUCAAAUGAGACACACGUAGUUAUAAUGAAUGUUACACCUAAUUUAAGCGGGAAUUACAGCUGUGAAGUAAUCCAGAAUGCUCACACUUUUCCCCAUUAUACGGCCAAAUCAAGACUAGAUGUUGUAGGUAUCGGUGGUCUCCGAGCGACAGAGCUUAGAAUAUCACCGCCUGUGGUACAGCGAGGAUCAGACGUAACUUUAGCGUGUCUGUACGAGUUAACAGACGCGCCACUCUACUCUGUUAAGUGGUACAGGGGCCGGCAUGAGUUUUACCGGUUCUCACCAAGUGAGACGCCUGCUACCAAGAUAUUUCCCUUCGCUGGAAUUAACGUUGAUCUUGCCAGAUCAAACCAAAGCCAAGUGGUACUGACGCGGGUCAGUUUCGGUCUGUCUGGAAACUUCAGCUGCGAGGUGACAGCUGACGCGCCUUCCUUUUCAACGUCAAUUGUGUCUAACACUAUGGAUGUGGUUGUGCUUCCAGCAUCUUCACCAAUGAUUCACACCAGCCAGCACUACUACAUGCCUGGUGAUAUUCUUCGAGGCAACUGCUCAUCAGGUCCAAGUCGACCCCCAGCCGAGUUGACAUUUUUCAUCAAUGACAUACCGGUGACGCCAGGUCUUCAUAACUCCCAGUCAGCAAGCGAUGGACUUUUCUUUUCGGAGUUGUUCGUGCAGGUCCAUCUCUGGCCAGCACAUUAUGAGAGGGGAGCCCCAAUUCUCCGCUGUGAAGCCAAAAUAGCAGAUCUGUAUAGAGAGAACUCAGCUGUUGCGCUGUACUCUGCUAAUAGUGACCCUAAGAUAGAAAGAGUUACAUCACCGGGAGCCGGAGCCAAAUUGCAAGUGUGCCAGAUAUUAAUCCUUCUAUGCAUCCUAUCGGCUAACAAUACAUAGAUUUAAGUAGAAACCAGUUUUAUCCUUAGAGAAAUAUAGUCACGAUAACAAAUAACGUAUGAGUCGACUCUAUAUUUCGCUCUUUAUUCAUUUAAACUAAAUCAGUCGAAUUGCAUUGUUUUAACUACACUGUCUCUUUUUAUUGACACAAUUUGACACAAAGACACGAAUAAGUACUCUAGUUUAAGUGCUUUGGUUUUUAUGAAUAAGUGGGUAUAAAUUCAUACUUAACUGCAAAAAGGAUUGGACACAUAAAGACUGCAUAUAUAAUUAAUACCGGCAAUAAAUCGGAUAUAGAAGUUGCCUUUUUAUGCACAUACUACUCAUGUCGUGCCAAAUCGUGAGACUAAUUUAACUGUCAACCUAUUUAAUUAGUCUCUAGUCUGUGACAUUUAACUGUAAUGUUUUCAAUCCCUAUCCUAUGUAAAUAUUGUAAUAAUAUAAUUUAAAGUACAAAAACAAAAUUAAUUUCUCUCUGGAUAAAUCUCGGAAAUUGUGAAUACUUGGUAUAGGUGUAAAUUAGUUGUAUACAGUUCGAAAUUGAAUUGUGAAUUUAAUAGUUACUGUACCUAAACGAGCUGCUACUUAUACCAAAGAAUGUAAAGACUAAGAUAUUGUUGAUUUAAUACAAAUUAUAUGUCGA